CAACUCUCAUUUCUAGACACUCUUUCCCCAUGCAUCCAUCGAGAAAAUCUGCAUUUCCAAAACCUAAAUUUGAGGUCUGGAAAUUUGCAAAGUAUUCCUCUGCUCUACAGAUUUUUCAAAUUUUUGGAAGCUUCGUAUCCCUUGUGCUCAUUGGACUUGUUGGCUCACAGUUUGCUCCAACAUAUGCUGCUCUUUUGACAUGCGUCUUCGCAAUAAUCGGAUCAUCUGUAUUUUUGUUGUGCGAUGUUUUUAAUAUUAAUGAGACUGAACCAGAUGAAUGGGUUUUUUGGGAAAGCGUCUUCAUUUCAUCAUUCUCAUUUUUGUUCACAAUCAAUACACUGACCAUGUUGUACAGUUCGAUUCGAUGGAAUAAUACGGCCUGGUGGCUGGCAACGGUUGUCUGCGCUUUGGUGACAGUCUCGUUUCUUCUCAGUCUGUUACAUGUGAUGAAAAACCAAACGAAAGGUCAUAUUACUGUUAAACAGGAGGAGAAUGUUGUGCGAUUUAAUACGCGGAUGAACCGCCGACGGAUUUGAAUUUAUAUCAAUAAAUGUACAAUUUGACAAUUCAUAUAAAUACUGAUAAUAAAUACAUUUAAGACACAAAUAAAACGUAAGUAACUUAGAA